AUGCAAAAGAUUGUGACCACAUGCAGACCAGAUCAAUCUGAAGACUUCCUGACAGACUGGCCCGCAGACUGGUUCAGAGUGGAGGUGAAAGGGUUCAGUGAUGCAUCCAUCAGGGCUUACUUAACAGAGAUGCUGAGUGCUGAUCCUGACUCCUUGAGCAGUGUGUUAAACAACCUAGAGUUGUUCAGUCUGUGCCAUGUCCCAAUGUAUGCACUGAUGGUGGUUACCUGCAUUUAUUUCCCUACCUCAGAGGCUUCUAAACAGACAUGCACUAUAACUGAAAUGCACAGCAACGUCCUCCGUCAGUGCAUCAAACAACACAGUGGCAUACGACUUAAGGAUAUCGACAAUUAUCUCAAAGAAAACAGAGAGAAAAUAUUGUCUUUGGCAGAAAUAGCUUUUCAUGCAACAAAUGAAAAAAACAUGAACUUGACAACACUGAGCUGUGAAGAAAGCAGUGUCCAUUUUGCGUUCUUGGGAGCACUUAUGGUUAAGGUUGCACCCACAGCGUCAGACACUUACUGUGCAUUUCUCCACUACACAAUGCAGGAGUUCUUUGGUGCCCUUUGGCUCUUACAGAAUCCAGAUCAAAUCAGAGCGGUUCUAGAGAAGUGCCAGACUGAAGAAUGGAAACACACAAAACACUUGAUUCCCUUCCUGUGUGGGCUUCUGAAUGAGAGGAAUAUUAGAUUGGUAAACGGUCUAGUUCCAGAUCAACAGAUCAAGAAGACGUCAGAUUGGUUCUUCAAGGAAGUGGUGAACACAUUUCUUCCAUCUCAAACAAACCAAGAUCAUGCAGAAGGUGGUGCUCCUGAGUUUGAGAUAGAUCUUCUGUUUUUGUGUCAGUGCUUGUAUGAACAUCAGUCUACUGAGGCCUGUCUCCUUCUCCUGGACAAACUGGACUAUCAUCUAGACCUGAGUGGAGAACAUCUUGAUCCUCACCAGUGCUGUGCAGUGUCUUAUGUGACCAGUCAGUCUGCAGAGAGAAAGGUUGGCUUGGACCUGAACGACUGCAUUGUGUCAGACCAAGGAGUAAGGCUGAUACUGGGCUCUCUGAAGAAUGUCAGACAUCUUGGGCCCUCCUCUGGUGAUUCAUCUGACCCCUCAAUGCUGUGUCAACUCUGGACAACUUUGCUGAGCAGUGUGGCAGAGAUGGACUUCACCAGCUUACUUGGUCUCUGUGGAAAUGAGUUGCACCUUCCAGUCCAGGGUGAAAGACGAGUGUUUGAGAGAGCAGAAGAAGUGAUGAAGCAGAGUCUAGAGAGGGUUCAUCUCUGUCUACACUGGGGUCAGAGAACUCUUCUCAGUGAAGCUCUCAGCAAAACCAUUUUAAAGUGUUUACCUAAUAUCAACAAACUCAGGUUUACCCCACUAGAACAUCAGAGAGGAUCCCCUGAAAGACUGGAGACAGAAGAGAAAGCAGUCCUACUAGAUUUGUGUCUACAAGCAGCACUAGAUCACAGAGAAACUUUCCAGAGAGCUGUGAACACACUGCUGUCACUGUUCUCUGUGUAUCAAACUGAGAGAUAUGACAUCCUGCUGGAUCUGUACUCACAUGUGAAGUACAAUAGGAAACAAUCAGCCAGGUGUGUCCUUCCAUCAUUGAAACCACUUUUACCACUGAGUUUCCUUCAGUGUCUGCCCUACAUCUCACAGCUGAGCUGUGAUGAUGACAGGUUCUUCCAGAGGGUGUGUGAGUCCGUCCCUGUGAGGUCCAGAGAGGAGGACCAGCAGUUGGCCUCUCUCCUCCAGGCCUUGGGCUCCACCCUGUCACUGGGAGGAGAGUUACCCAGGAAAACCUGCAGGUCUGUGGGGAGAGUCCUGGGUCGCUGUGCCUCCAGAGUGGACCUCACUCUUACCCCCAGCAAGAUCUCUCUCCAAGGAGCCUUACUUAUUGUGAGACAUGAGUCAAAGCUACACAAGCUCAGGCUGAAUGUGGGCAUGGCAGUGAAACUGUCCAGACUGGUUAGGAGGACAGGAGAGGUAGCAACCAGCCACCAGAGAGUGUUAUCCAGGGCUCUGAGUAGUGUGGCAUCCCUGCUGAGACUCUGGAGGGUUCAGUGUCUGGACCUGACUGACUUCUGGAUCCAGGGUCACUCUCUCAUCACACUGCUGUGUCACCAGGGACCUCUCUCUCUCAGACUGAACUCAGACACUCUGCAGCAGCUGACUGUAGUUGUGUAUGAAGCUCAGGACAAGGACUUGACUCAGUGGUUCCUGGAGAAGGUUGGUGGAGACCUGACCUCCUGCAGGCUGGACCUGGAAGUGCUUCUCUCUCUGCUGCAGCAUUCAACCCACAGCAUCACUGUGGACCUCAGGAAGAACAGGCUCCUAGAGAAGAACAUCUCAGAUCUUCUCCCCUUUCUGGGAAGGGUUAUAUUCAAGAGGUCCAGUUCCAGCUUUGUAAAGUCCACCAUCAGACAGAUCUAUGACAGCAGAGCCAGUGACUGUGUGUCCAGUUUGUUGAGGUCUUCAGACCAUUGGAUCAACCUGAACAGCAGAGAGCUGGACAGAGUGGACUGUACUGCUCUGUGUUUUACCCUGCAGCACUGCCACCAAGUCAAAGUCAACCUGCUGUGGACCUCCAUACCACCGGGGAGAUAG